AAUAUACCGGGUGUAUGUUUUGGUUUAACCGUUUAAUUUUUUCGGUUUUUCUUCUGAAAUUUUUUGUUUUCAAAUUACAUCAGAGAAAUUAAAACAAGUACGGUAUAUGUACAGUAUUUUCACAGUCUAAAAGAUAUAUUUUUUUAUAGUAAAGAAUCUAUGUAAUAUGUAUGGAGUAAGUGUGAGUGUAAGAAUUUAUUUCAGAUACCUAGUUGUUUCUAUGAUACCCAGUUACCCACUUAUUAGCCUCAUUUAAUUAAGGAUUCUGCUGAAAGACAAGAUUACAUCACAUCAUUUUAUCCAAUUUGUCACAUUAAACUAUGAACUUUUUUGAAAGAUUAUUUGGCUUUGGAUUUAAAAAUGAGUCUGGAAAUAAUUUUGAUUCAUUCAAAGGUAAACAACCAGACAAUCAUAUUGAGGAAGCUAGAGAUUCCUUGCAUAUGCGAUCCUUUUUUGAGGACGAAAUAGAUUCUUUUAUAGAAUCUAUGGGACUCCCGAGUUUGCCACAGUUAUUUGGUUUCGGAAACGAACCGCUUGUCAAUCGGACUAGAGACGAUGAAUACGAAGAAAAGCCAAAAUCAUUAAGGGACCAGUUUUUAAAAAGCGACCCUUUGAAGAAAGAUUUUUAUGAGAGGGAGCACAAUGAUGAAAUUGAUCAUUAUUCAGGGCGUAUUGGAGGACUUCCAUUUUUGUACAGCAUAUUUAAAGGUCUAGAUGGGAAUCCGGGUGUUGUCAGCCGAUCUGUUCAAAUUAGAACGGUGGUUAAACCCGAUGGGACAAGUGAAAGUAUUAAGACUAUUCGAGAUGGAUCUGGGAAUGAGGAGACUACAGUCUCUCAUAAAAGAGGUGACCAAGAACAUAUUACCUUUCUGAAGAAAGAUAAAUUUGGCAAAGAGGAAGUAUCCGAGACUAUAUUUAAUUUGAACAAGGAUGAAGUCCCCCAAUUUAUUGUAUGAAAAAGUAGAAAUGUAUUGGAGACAUCUUACAAGAAAGAUGAUUUAGAAUAAAUUUAGUAAUAUAUUACGUUCUGUUUUCAAAAUUGGCUAGUUUCAAACAGUUGUUGUAUGAUUAUAUAGUUUGAAAUAAAUGGCCAAAAUGUUUCAAUAAAUAAUUUACUUCAUUUUA